AUGACGGUCAUCAUCAAGGAACUUGAGAAAGCAUUCUACUUCCAAAAAAAUAACAAAGACAUGUUAAGAAUGUCACUAGAAGACAUUGAAUUGGCCACAAACAACUUCAAUUGUGCCAAUGACAUUGGAGGAGGAGGUUUUGGGAGGGUAUACAAAGGUGAAGUUGCAAAUUUAGAUGGUAAUGGACAUUAUACAAUUGUUGCAAAGCAACCAGAUACAAGGCAUGGUCAAGGGGAGAAACAAUUUUAUAAUGAGUUGCAAAUUCUUUACGAGUAUAAGCAUGAGAAUAUCAUUGGUCUCAUAGGCUAUAGCAACGAAACAAAUGUAAAAGUCAUUAUUUAUGAACAUGCACCUAUGGGAAGUCUUGACAAGUAUUUGAGUGACCCUACUCUUACAUGGAGAAACCGACUUAAGAUAUGCAUAGAUUUUGCAACUGGGUUGGACUUCCUUCAUGGGGGUGGUCAUGGACAAGAGGUGGUGAUACAUAGGGACAUCAAAGCUGCUAACAUUUUAUUGUUUGAUGAUUGGAAGACAAAAGUUGAUGACUUUGGUCUUUCGAUGAUAAGUACGGUAAAUAAGGAAACAGAUUAUGUUAUCGAUCAUGCUUGUGGUACAAAAGGAUACUUGGAUCCAUUGUACUUAAAAUCGGGAUCCUUAACCCGAGAAUCUGACAUUUAUUCAUUUGGGGUGGUCUUGUUUGAGAUGUUGUGUGGCAGAACAGCAUUUGCAGUUUACAAACAUAAGGGUCAGUUUCUAUCCACUUUUAUUGAACACAUUUUUAAAGAAGGAAAACAGGAUGAGGUGGUGUUUCAUGCUAUAAAAGAUGAAAUAGUGCCAAAAUCAUUGACUACAUUUCAAAACGUUGCCUACCUAUGUUUGGACGAUGAUAGAGAAAAACGACCAACAUCAAAAGAAGUUUUAUCACGACUUAAAAGGGCAAUGGAAUUUCAGGUUCAAGAUAAAAGCAUAGGAGCAGAAACUAGCUAA